AUGAAUGCAAGCGAGAGCGACUUUGAGUACAGCGAUCAUCUCACCUUCCUGUUCAGAGUCCCCGGCGAGAAAAGGAUCGAGCACAUCAGCGGAUGGUUUCUUCUCUUCUAUACAGAACUGGACCCACUGGACAAGAUCCAUCUGCAUAGUUUCCAAGAGAGCGAUGGGCGAUCUACCAGUAAUCAUUUCGAGCAAGAUCACACCAUAGGAGUAGACAUCCCAUUUCUGCGACGGUUUCAAUGUUUUCAGUGCUUCUGGUGCUUGGUAGCAUGA